GUAUAAACUUUACAGCCGCUGACUCGACCUCUCAAUUGUUCAAAAAGACGCACGCCUCUUUUCAAACUCCUUUUGUUUUUCAUUAACACACUGAAAAUCAAUCAAAAUCGGCUAAUUGAAGGAGCUUCGGAAAUUCGAGUUCGUUAACCACAAUCUCUAUCAAUCAAUGGCAUCGCAGAUCGUGAGACGACUUGCUCGGAGCCGAGCCUCUGGUUUCUUCUCCUCCGCGAACCCUAGUUUCUUGGGUCGGAGUUUCUCAUCGACGGCGGCAUCCGAAUCCAACCUGAUCCGCGCCACUCUCUUCCCCGGAGAUGGAAUUGGUCCGGAGAUCGCCGAUUCGGUGAAACAGAUAUUUAAAGUUGCUGACUGUCCAAUUGAAUGGGAAGAACACUUUGUGGGGACGGAGAUAGAUCCUAGAACCCAGAGCUUCCUAACAUGGGAAAGUCUUGAAUCUGUUAGAAGAAACAAAGUUGGUCUGAAAGGCCCUAUGGCUACACCAAUUGGGAAAGGACAUCGGUCUCUUAACCUUACCUUGAGGAAAGAGCUCAAUCUCUAUGCCAAUGUGAGACCGUGUUACAGCCUACCCGGAUACAAGACUAAAUAUGAUGAUGUUGAUCUCAUUACCAUCCGUGAAAACACAGAAGGAGAAUAUAGUGGACUUGAACAUCAGGUGGUGAGGGGUGUUGUUGAAAGUCUCAAGAUCAUCACACGUCAAGCAAGUUUGAGAGUUGCUGAAUAUGCUUUCUACUACGCUAAGACUCAUGGACGACAAAGAGUUUCUGCUAUACAUAAGGCCAACAUCAUGCAGAAAACUGAUGGUCUUUUCCUUAAGUGUUGUCGAGAGGUAGCGGAAAAGUACCCAGAGAUCACAUAUGAAGAAGUUGUCAUUGACAAUUGCUGCAUGAUGCUUGUGAAGAAUCCGGCUCUUUUCGAUGUGUUGGUGAUGCCUAAUCUUUAUGGUGACAUUAUCAGUGACCUUUGUGCUGGCUUGAUUGGAGGUUUAGGCUUAACUCCAAGCUGUAAUAUUGGUGAGGGAGGCAUUGCGCUCGCUGAAGCAGUACAUGGUUCUGCACCUGAUAUUGCUGGAAAGAAUUUGGCAAAUCCGACAGCAUUGCUCCUGAGUUCCGUGACUAUGUUGCGGCAUUUGGACCUCCAUGAUAAAGCCGACAGAAUUCAGGAUGCUGUGCUGAAGACGAUAGCAGAAGGGAAGUACAGGACAGGUGAUCUCGGUGGUAAAUCAACGACAACUGAGUUCACCAAUGCAAUCUGCGAUCACCUCUGAACCAACCCCCCCGGCGCUUGUACAUUUUGAUUCUUUUCCGCAGCAGUUCAACAUGAGCCUGUUGACGUAUGUUUUCUUUCAGCAAUUCUAGAUAAUAGCCGCAAAGCAAUUAGUUUGUGAAGCAUAACACCUCUCUCUCCACUUACUAGGAUUUGCAUCAAUUUUGCUCCUAAGAAGCAAAUAAAGCCCAUGCCCCCCCUUCCCUUCAAGUGAAUUUCUGGGGUAAAUAUAACCUUAUCGUGUGAUUUUCCCCAACUUCUUAAGAAUCUUUUCUCUACUGAGGGUUUUGUUACUCAGAAAUAAUUCUUCCUCUUGUGAAUGAAAUGACCUUUCACCAA